CAGGGCUGGCAGUGCGGCCUGUGUCCCUCCGCGUCGUAGGGCCGGGGUGCAGCGUGACCCGGGCAGCUGCCAUGGGGAGACCUGUCUGUGCCCGAGGGGCUACACAGCCCACGUGUGUGGGCAGCGUGAGUACCCGGGCCGCCCCAUGUGUCACUGAGGGUGGUGACUGCAGCCACCCUCCGGUCGCCCCGUGUCCCUCUGGGUGACCUGAGAGGGAGGGGGCACACGCGCUGCCGGUGCCUGCGCUCGGGCUGGCCCAGUCGUGUGACCCCCGGGUGGAAUGGCUCGUUCCAACCGUGCUUCCUGUUGCUGCGGGACCCCGGUCACCCGCCGCUGCUUCUCCACAGCUGUCUGUGAUCUUGGCUGCCACCACAGGGGCCGCUGCGUCGGGCCCAACCGCUGCGCCUGUGUGUUCGGCUUCCUGGGGCCUCAGUGCGAGAGAGACUACCGCAUGGGGCCCUGUCUUAGCCAGGUGGGCCCCAAGGGGUGCCAGCACCAGCUGACCAGACUCGUGUGCAGCAAAGCACUCUGCUGUGCCACCGUGGGCCGUGCCUGGGGCCUCCCGUGCGAGCUGUGCCCUCCCCAGCCACACCCCUGCCGCCGUGGCUUCAUCCUCAGUAUCCACACGGGGGCCUGCCAAGACGUGGAUGAGUGCCAGGCCAUCCCAGGCCUGUGCCAGGGGGGCCGCUGCAUCAACACUGUGGGCUCCUUUGAGUGCCGCUGCCCGGCUGGACACCGGCUCAGUGACAGUGGCGCUAAGUGUGAAGAUAUAGACGAGUGCGUCAGUACCCCCAGCCUCUGCUUUGGGGGUGCCUGCAUCAACACCGUCGGGAGCUACAUGUGUACCUGUGCCCAGGGCUUUGCCAGCAGCCUGGAUGGCACCCACUGCCUGGACUUCCGAAUCGGCACCUGCUUCUCGGUCCUAGUCGGGGGUCACUGUGCCGUGGACCUCGCUGGCCACUACACUCGCAGGCAGUGUUGCUGUGACAAAGGGAGGUGCUGGGCGGUUGGCUCGGCCCCGGAGCUGUGUCCUUCCAGGGGCUCUGGUGAAUUCCAGCGGCUGUGUGUCCAGGGGCGGCUGCUGCCAGCUUCCCAGGCGGGGCCUCUCACUCGCUUCCUGGGCUUCCGGUCCAACAGCAGGGGUCGUGCCCUGGGGUCUGCACGACGUGGGGCCUCCCGCCCAGGCCCUGUUAACUCCAACAUGGACAUCAACGAGUGCGCCCUGGACCCCGAGGCCUGCACCAACGGUGUGUGCGCGAACCUUCCCGGCGGCUACCGGUGCGUCUGCAACCUGGGCUACAAAGCAGGCGCCGCGGGCACGGACUGCAACGACAUCGACGAGUGUGUGUCCAACCCGUGCAUGAGCGGUGUGUGCCGGAACCUGGCGGGCUCCUACGCAUGCGAAUGUGGCCCCGGCAGCCAGCUGGGGACCCCUGGAGCCGUGUGCGUAGACAGCACCAAGGGGACCUGCUGGCUGCAGAUCCAGGACGGGCACUGUGAAGUGAAGCUUCAGGGAACCUCUCUGCGGUCUGAGUGCUGCGCCACCCUGGGGGCCGCCUGGGGGAGCCCCUGUGAGCGCUGCGACCUGGACCCCGAGUGUGCACAUGGCUUUGCCCGCGUGAACGUCACCUGCGAAGAUGUGAACGAGUGCGAGGCCUUCCCGGGCAUCUGUCAGAGUGGGCGCUGCACCAACACUGCGGGUUCCUUCCACUGCGAGUGCCCCCCGGGCCUGGUGCUGGACGCCUCGGGCCGGCUGUGUACAGACACCGACGAAUGUCAAGUCCGGAACGGUGGCUGCGCAGUGCGCUGCGUUAACACCGAGGGCAGCUUCCAGUGCGCCUGCGGGCAGGGCUACUCGCUGCUGGCGGACGGGAGGACCUGCAGGGACGUUGACGAGUGUGAAGAGAGCCCGGACCUCUGCGGCCAGGGGCAGUGCGCUAACGUGCCGGGAGGUCAGCGCUGCCUGUGCCACGACGGCUUCACAGCUGCGCUGGACAUGCAGACGUGUGUUGAUGUGAACGAGUGUGUCCUGAACCCCCACAUCUGUCUCCAUGGCAACUGCAAGAACACACAGGGAUCGUUUGUCUGCCACUGCCAGCCGGGCUAUGCCAUCAGGAAGGGGGCCACGGGCUGCUCCGAUGUAGACGAAUGUGAGCUCGGGAGACACAACUGUGACGACCACGCCUCCUGCCUCAACGUCCCCGGGAGUCUCAGCUGCAGGUGCCAGCCAGGCUGGGUAGGGGACGGCUUCAAGUGCCAGGACCUGGAUGAAUGCGCGGCUCAGGGGCAUCGCUGCAGCCCGAGAGCCGACUGCCUCAACGUCCCCGGCUCCUACCGCUGCGCCUGUCGGCAGGGAUUUGCUGGGGAUGGCGUCUCCUGUGAAGACAGAGACGAAUGUGCCGAGGACAUGGCCCUGUGUGAGAACGGGCAGUGCCUCAAUGUCCCUGGCGGGUACCACUGCAAGUGCGAGAUGGGCUUCAGCCCCACGGAAGACCACAGGGGAUGCCUGGAUGUGGACGAGUGCGCCCUGGGGAACCUGUGCGCCUUCGGGAGCUGUGAAAACCUGCCCGGUCUGUUCCGCUGCGCAUGUGCGGAUGGCUACGAGCUGGACCCCGGGGGCGGCAACUGCACUGAUGUGAACGAGUGCGCAGACCCGGUGAACUGUGUGAACGGCCUCUGUGUCAACACCCCGGGCGGCUACCUCUGCAGCUGCCCCCAGGACUUCGAGCUGAACCCCAGCGGGGUGGGCUGCGUGGACACCCGGGCCGGGAACUGUUUCCUGGACAUGCAGGACCGCGGGGAUGGCGGCCUCUCCUGCAGCGGCAAGAUCGGAGUUGGUGUCGCUCGAGCCUCCUGCUGCUGCUCCCUCGGCCGGGCCUGGGGCAGCCCCUGUGAGCGGUGCCCACUGGCCGACUCCACUGAGUACAGAACCCUAUGCCCGGGCGGUGAAGGCUUCUGGCUGAACCCCGUCAGUGUCAUUCUGGAGGACAUCGACGAGUGCCGGGAGCUGCCGGGGCUGUGCCGGGGAGGUGACUGCGUCAACACCUUCGGCAGCUUCCAGUGCGAGUGCCCGGCUGGACACCACCUCAGCCGGGACAGCCGUGUCUGUGAGGAUGUCGACGAAUGCUCUGGGCACGCGGGCAUCUGUGGCCCUGGCACGUGCUACAACACCCUGGGGAGCUACACCUGUGUCUGCCCCGCGGAGUCCCUGCAAGUCAACGGUGGCAACAACUGCAUGGAUGUGAGAAAGAGCCUCUGUUUCCGGCACUAUAACGGCACCUGUGGGGAUAAGCUGGCCUUCAACGUGACCCGGAAGACGUGCUGCUGCGCCUACAACGUCGGCCAGGCCUGGAAUAGACCCUGCGAGGCCUGCCCCGCCCCUGCCAGUCCCCACUACCAGGUCCUGUGUGGGAACCAGGUUCCGGGCUUUAUACUCGACGUCCACACAGGAAAGCCCGCCGACAUUGAUGAGUGUGGGGAGAUCCCGGCCAUCUGCGCCCAUGGUGUCUGCAUCAACCAGAUUGGAAGCUUCCGCUGCGAGUGCCCCUCUGGCUUCGAGUACGACAGCGCUUUCCUGGCUUGCAAAGAUGUGGACGAGUGUGUUGGCCCGGAGAGGCCCUGCCCAAGGAGCAUGGACUGCGUAAACGUCCCAGGCAGCUACCUCUGCCAGUGCACCCGGGGCUUCCGGCUGUCACCUGGUGGGACCUGCGUGGGUCAGAACGAGUGUCGGGAGCUCCCCAGUGUCUGCAGCCACGGCGACUGCAUGGACACAGAGGGCAGCUACAGGUGCCUGUGUCACCGCGGCUUCCGGGCCUCAGCAGAUGGGACCCUGUGCGUGGACCUCGAUGAGUGCGAGAAGCGGCCGUGCCCAAACGGGACCUGCAGGAACGUUGUGGGCUCCUACGCCUGCCUCUGCCCCCUUGGCUUCGCACCAGUGCACGGGACCUGUGUGGACAUGGACAAGUGUCACACCAUGGCAGGGCAGGUGUGCCGAGCGGGACGGUGCCUGAACUCGGCCGGCUCCUUCCACUGCCUCUGCCAGGGCGGCUUCAGGCUCACAGCUGACGGGAAGGACUGUGUGGGUGAGUUACCACUGGACCGGAGCCAUCUCAGCAGCCUCUGCUCCACCUUGACCGGAGACACUGACGAAUGCUUGGAGGAUGCCAACCUCUGCCUCUUUGGCACCUGUACCAACAUUCCCGGGAGCUUCCGGUGCCUCUGCCCACCUGGCUUUGUUCCCUCCGACCAUGGGCACCGUUGCUUUGACACCCGGCAGAGUCUCUGCUUCACUCGCGUUGAGGCUGGGAGGUGCUUGGUGCCCAAAGCUUUCAACACCACCAAGACCAGGUGCUGCUGCAGUCAGAGGCCGGGCGAGGGCUGGGGUGAGCCCUGCGAGCUGUGCCCUCGGGAGGGCAGUGCUGCCUUUCAGGAGCUCUGUCCCUUUGGCCACGGGGCGGUCCCCGGCCCGGGAGACUCUAGAGAAGACGUGAACGAGUGCGCGGAGAACCCAGGCCUCUGCGGCAACGGGCUCUGUGUCAACACCGACGGCUCCUUCCGAUGCGAGUGUCCCCCAGGCUACGGCCUGGACCCCACGGGCGUCAGCUGUGUGGACAUGGACGAGUGCUUGCUGAACCCGCUGCUCUGCGCCUUCCGCUGCCACAACACCGAGGGCUCCUAUGUGUGCACCUGCCCGGCUGGCUACACCCUGCGUGAGGAUGGGGCCAUGUGCCGAGAUGUGGACGAGUGUGAAGAGGGGUCACAGGACUGCCACGCCCACGGCAUGCUGUGCAAGAACCUCAUCGGCACCUUUGCAUGCGUCUGCCCGCCGGGCAUGCGGCCCCAGCCUGGCUCCGGGGACGGCUGUGUAGAUAAGGACGAAUGCCGCGCCCAGCCCAGCGUCUGCAGCCAUGGCCAGUGCGUCAACACUGUGGGCAGCUUCUGGUGUGACUGUCAGGAGGGCUUCCAGCCCGGCCCGACCCUCACCGAGUGCCACGAUGUUCGGAAGGGGCGCUGCUUCUCCGAGGUGCUGCAGGCCGCGUGCCCAUCCCACUGGAGCAGUGGCGAGGCUGUGCCCAGGGCCGUGUGCUGCUGCGGUGGCGGCCGGAGCUGGGGCCCCAGCUGUGAGCUGUGCCCUCUGCCCGGCACCUCUGCCCACAAGAAGCUGUGUCCCCACGGCUCGGGCUACACCACCAAGGGACGAGAUGUGGACGAGUGCCGCGUGCUCGCUCACCUGUGUGCCCACGGCGAGUGCAUCAACAGCAUGGGCUCUUUCCAUUGCCACUGCCAGGCUGGGUAUGCACCGGAUGCCACCACCACCACCUGCCUGGAUGUGGACGAGUGCGCCCAGAACCCGGAGCCAUGUUCCUUCCUCUGCAGAAACACGGAAGGCAGCUUCCUGUGCACCUGCCCCCGGGGUUAUCUGCUGGAGGACGACGGCAGGACCUGCAGAGACCUGGACGAGUGCUCCACGCGGCAGCACAAUUGCCAGUUCCGGUGCAUCAACACCAUCGGUGCCUUCGCCUGCCGCUGUCCCCCAGGCUUCACUCAGCGCCACCAGGCCUGCUUCGACCACAACGAGUGCUCGGCCCAGCCUGGCCUGUGUGGUGCCCAUGGACGCUGCCUCAAUGUCCCAGGCAGCUUCCGCUGUGAGUGCUACCAAGGCUUCACUCUGGACAGCUCAGGCCACGGUUGCGAAGAUGUAGAUGAGUGUGAUGGACCUCAUCGCUGCCGUCGUGGCUGUCAGAACGAGGUGGGGGGCUACCGCUGCAGCUGCCCCCAGGGCUUCACCCAACACUCCCAGUGGUUGCAGUGUGUGGACCAGAAUGAGUGUGCUCUGUCACCCGCGGCCUGCGGCAGUGCCUCCUGCCACAACACCCUCGGUAGCUUCCGCUGCAUCUGCCCCUCUGGCUUUGACUUUGACCCGGUCCUCGGGGGCUGCCAGGACGUGGAUGAGUGCGCUGGGCAGGGCAGCCCCUGCAGCUACAGCUGCGCCAACACCGCGGGCGGCUUUCUGUGUGGCUGCCCCCAAGGCUACUUCCGGGCCGGGCAAGGGCACUGUGUCUCUGCCCUGGCCUUCAGCUCUGGACGCCAGGAGGCCCCAGGUGAGGAGGAGGAGGAGGCACUUUCUCCGGAAGCCUGCUAUGAAUGCAAGAUCAAUGGCCUCACUCCUCAGGACCCGUCCCGGCACAGCACCCAGGGAGGCCACCAGAUGAGCAUGGCCACCCUUGAUGCCGAAGUCCCCCUGACCUUGGUCCUGAACCUGUCACGCCUAAGCCAGGCGGAGCACAUCCUAGAGCUCCGGCCAGCUCUGCAGGGCCUGCAAGGCCUGGUCCGCUACUUCGUCGCUGGAGGCAACCGGCAAAGUUUCUUCUCCAUGCAGCACCAGAAUGGCCUCAGCUUCCUGCAGCUGGGGCGGUGCAGGCCGGGGCCUGGAACGUACCAGCUGGAGGUGGUGAGCGUGGCAGGGGCCGGGGGUGCCCAGCAGGGACCUGAGGGCUGGGCCUUGAGGCUGAAGGUACAAUUGCAGCUCCUCUAGUUGGGAGGGGCCUCAGUGGGUCCCAGCACUCCAGUACCAGCAGAUUCUGGAACCAGUGGGACUGUUCCUCACGGCGAUGGCUGCCCAAGUCAAACGCCAAAACUCAGGAAGCGCGGCAUGCUAUGCUAUGACCUCAGACGAGCCCAGCCUGUGCCCACACCCUCUGUGACAGACCAAGGGACCCCAAUACUCCAUCUUCCCUGGAGACGUCUGGUCAUUGCCGUGUGCCUCCUCUGCCCCUGGGCCAGUGAGGGUCCCUGUGGUCACAGCCUCUGGUCGAUCGCAGACUUAGACUUCUGUACUGCACUGUGGCUCCCGCCCCCAAGCGAGGGCCAGUGGGACAUGGGGACAGGUGGCUGGGGUGGGCAUGGGGCUUGUCCCUCGGGGCAGAAAAGGACUCACCACUGCCUGCUCAUUCCCCUGGGGACUGGGCCGGGGUUCUGGGGACGCUUUUAUAUCUGAAGUGGAGACAGCAAUAAAAAGUUAUUUCAGGUUAAACCUGCCUGUCCU